AUGAUUGGUCACGUCGCCCUGUCAGUGCUUCUGGGUGCUGCUACAGCAGCAGCUAGCUCAGUAGACGCCUAUGCGCCCUACUAUGUGGACUGUCCCGCGGACAUUCAGAUUGUCCGCGAGCCUACCCUCUCUCCAAACGAAACUGCUUGGGUCAAGGGCCGUAAGGCAGUCGUUGCUGAUUCUCUGCACUCUUACUUGGCCCGUCUGGAUCUCGAGGGGUUCAACCUGUCAGACUACACCAAGAAGAUCAAGAAGAAUGGUUACUCCAAUGUGCCUGUGAUUGCAUGGGCUACCAGUGGUGGUGGUUGGCGUUCCGCCUACACCGGUGCGGGUGGUAUGGAAGCCAUUGAUGAGCGAACUCCUGGCUCGAAAGAGGCUAAGGUCGGUGGUCUGCUUCAGAGUAUGACCUACAUUGCUGGUCUUUCUGGUGGAUCCUGGCCGACUGCGUCUUAUGCAUUCUACAACUACUCUUCCAUGGCCGAGAUUGUCAAGGACUGGCGUGUCGAUAUCGAUCGUUUCUCAGCCACUGGCUACUCCCAGUAUGCUGCCCCUGAGAGCGCAUACUUCGAGAUGAUCGCCGAAAAAUAUGAGCAGGGAUUUAACGUGUCCGCUGCAGACUUCCUUGGUUUGACUUUUGGCUACGAGUUUAUUCCUGGUGUCAACCGCACAUUCUCUUCGAUCGCUGAGUUGGAGAGCUUCAAGAACUUCGAGGGACCUCUCCCAAUCCUUCUCACCAGCAGUAUGAACACGAGCAACAGCGUUGAGAAUGGUCUUUACGUGCCUGCUGAUACCGACACAUUGUACGAAUUCACUCCCUUCGAAUUUGGUUCUUGGGACCUGGGCUUCACCCCUACCAAAUACGUUGGCUCGACAAACAAGGACAACACUGAUAACAAAUGUGUCGUGAACCUUGACCAGGGCAGCUUUGUUCUGGGCGCCGUAUCGGCUGCUUUCAACUACUGGUGGUUGAGUGCCACCACAAACGAUACCCUUGGACAGUUUUCCAAGCGUCAGAGCAGCCUGCAGAAGCGCGAUGACGACUCUCUGACCGGCCUCGCUUCACUCGAAUCUCUUUCUGAUGCAUUCGCCGAGUUCUUUGACUUGUCCCUUGACCAAAUCGCCAACCCCUCGAUCCCCAACGCUUUCACCAGCGAAGACACCAUCACUUUUGCCGAUACCUCCGAGGCCGGACAGUCGGUGCCAUUCUGGCCUCUCAUCCAGCCCGAGCGUGAUGUCGACUUCAUCAUGGCCUGGGAUGACGAUGCCGAUGAUGAGCCUUACCUGUGGACCAACGGUACUAACAUCUGGGACACCUACAACCUUGCUAAGGACGCUGGUCUCCCCUUCCCAGAGGUUCCCCCUGUUUCCGAGAUGCUGGCCCGUAACUACACUCUCAAGCCUGUGCUGUUCGGCUGUGAUGUCAGCUUGACUACUACCGGAGACGCUUCUUCCCCUAUCGUUGCCUACAUGGCCAACGCCCCCUACAGCUACUACACCAACUACAGCUGGGCUACUCCUGAGAUGACCUACUCCAACUUCGACAGUGUUACUGAGAACAGCUUCAACCUCGUCACCAUGGGCAAUGGAUCUCUUAGCUCUACCUGGGCUGACUGUCUCGGCUGUGCGGCUAUCGAUCGCAGCUUGCACCGUCUGGGUAUUGAGCGCCCUGCGGCCUGUGAGAAGUGCUUCAGGGAGCACUGCUGGGAUGGUACCCUUAUUGGAGAAGUCUCUGAGGACUUUGUCCUUGACCCAACUCUGGCCUUGGAUCCCACUCUUAGCUAUGCUCAGUGGAACAAGACCAACCCCAACCACCCUUAA